AUGUCCAAAUUUGAAGAGCAUCUGCCGUCGACGGCAGACGAUGAGAAGCUCGCAAGAAUGUUGCAGAGCGAGUGGGAAGACGAGGAGCAACGUCAGGCAGAACUCUAUCACAGCACGCCCCAGGCCACGGGGUCAGCACCGUCCGCCACCGAGGACGAGAAACUAGCAAGAAAACUCCAGGCCGAGUGGAACGACCAGAGACAGGAGGAGAACCGGGCAGUAGCAGCAGCAGUAGCAGCCCCGUCUCGAACACCGCCGCCGCCCAAGCAGGUCUCAUUCGCGGCCCCAGCAGCAUCAGCGCGAGGACCACCACCACCCCAAGACACACCGCACAUGUCAGGCGCCGUGCCCUCCUCCUCCUCAGACAUCCGGUAUUCGCGCGACACGGCCCGAGUCAUGGCGUACAUGAUCCCGCUGCCCCAGCCGCUCAAGAACGGAGUCGUACAGGACGUCCCACAGCGGUACAUGCUGUACAUGCCGCCCAGGGCAGACCUGCUCAAGCCGGCCGACAAGAACACCAAGGAGCGCAAGCGCGAUAAGGCCGUGCGCAGGUGGCAGCACGAGGUCCGCAAGGCCAAGACCUACAACGGGCGCGUCGUCUCGCUGGGCGGGGUGCACAGCGCGUCCAUCCGGGGGGCCGUCUGGGUCCUGUCGCUCAUCAAGCCCGCCGACGUCACCUUCCUCUCGCGGGUGCCGCGCAAGUCCGUGACGAGCCUGGUCCUGGUCCACCCCGAGGCCCGAGGGGGGCGGCUGCAGUCUGCCGACGACAUGUUCCGCGACGUCAAGGGGGAGCUGAGCCGCACCAAGAGCCGCACCCGCCGGGACUUUUGGAUCGGCACCGCGCUCCUGCCCAUCACGUUUACCAUCGACCUUGUCAUUCCUGUCUUUGGGGGGCUGAGCGAGGUCAAUAUGGUGUGGAUGGCUGUUAAUGCCAGUGCGUGGAUGACUGCCAACCGGGUUGUUGAUAAGCUGAGGCCUGCUGCUGGCGGCGCCGCCGCGCAGGGAAAUGGGCAUCCUGCCUAUCCGGGUCAGGUUGGGGGACAACAACACGACGGCGCGGUGAUGCUCCGCAGGUCGCAUACCGUUAAUGGCAACACGGGGACGGGGGAUGAGAAGGGUGGAGCUACUAGCAACAAGGAGAAGAAGAAGCACGGAGACAAGGAUCAGGACAAGACGAUCCAGAUGGUGUUCCAGCCCAGCCCGGCGAUGGACCUCAUGAGGCGCUACGUCGAGGAGGCCUGCCACAAGCGCAACCCGGACGCGUUCCCCAGUCUGGGGGGCUACGUCCCCGGGGAGGCUGAGGUGCUCGCGAGCAUGGGGUGGUCGCCGGAGCACCGGGAGGUGCCGGAUGCCGAGGAAGAUGUUGCUUGGCAGAUCCGGAAGGUCACGGAGGACCUGAGGGAGGCGACGAAUAGGGCUGCUAAGUCGUGGGAUGGCUGGGCCAGGAAGUAUAUGAAGAAUCCUAGGAAAGCUAGUGAGGAGGAGGAGGAGGAUCGUGUGGUGGACGGUAAUGAUAGCAGUGAUGAGGAGGACUGGAAGCCUGAAUUGCCCAAGAGGCCACCUGUUUUGUAUAAAUGA